UGGCGAAGAGGCACAAGACUGUGCGAUACACGCGGUCUCGAUGGGAAAAGUACCCGGAAGAUCUAGAAGGUGACGCUGUUGCGGACAGACCGUGGCAAAGCAGACGGAGGAAAAAGCGCACGGAUGAGGAACGUGGUAUGCGCCCACCAUGAAAAUGCACACCGUAAGACCAUGAUGCGAGCCCAACCCUGGAGCCUAGGGUCUGGUUUGCGGGCGGAGCUUUGCUGUAUGCGGUGGGCGGCGCAUAUUGUUUUGAAACACGGCUGUGACCAUUGCACCGCUGGGAACGCUAGGAAGGGCAACAACAGAUCUGGGCCGAUGCUAAGACCGGGUGACCUUGCAUGUCGAGCCACACUGCGAGCUAUUCAUCGUAAUGACAUUGAAAUCUGUCACAUCGUACAUGUUUGUGACAUGUCGUAAAGUGAGCGAGCACGGUCGUUGAGGUGAGGUGGCCUCGGCGGCUGCA